AUGUCGAAGAACAUAGUCAUUGUUGGUGCCAGUUACGUUGGUUUGGCAAUAACCCAUCGUCUCCUAAAGUACACGCUGAAUGACCAACAACAUGAUUAUAAGGUUGUAGUUGUGUCUCCUACCACACAUCAUUACUGGAACAUGGCCUCAGUCCGGGCUAUCGUUCCUGGCCAGUUUUCGGACGACAAGCUCUUCGCAGAGAUACCAGCCGCCUUAAGCAAGUAUGGAGAUAAAGUAGAGUUUGUACACGGAACAGCAAAAGCCCUCGAUACUUCCUCUCAGUCUAUUAUCCUUGCAACAUCCAAGGAUGAAACACAGCUACACUAUGAUAUACUAGUUAUUGCGACCGGCAGCCGAGCAAAAGGAAGCACAGAACUACCAUGGUAUAGCUCAGCUUUGGGAUAUGAAGCUACAAGAGAUAUCUUACACAAAUAUCAAGAAAAAGUCAUCAACGCUAAAUCUAUAGUUAUUAGCGGCGGUGGACCCACGGGUGUUGAGAGUGCUGGCGAGUUGGGUUAUGAAUUUGGAAAGACUAAAGAAAUUUAUCUGAUUACAGCUGGAUCUAAACUUCUUUCAGCUGGUACUCCCGCCAUGGCCACAAAUGCCGAAAACGAGCUCCGAAAACUCCAAGUUAAGAUUGUAUUCGAAACUAAGGUCACCGACGCUAAAACAAAUGAAGCCGGGCAAACAACGUUGACCUUAUCAAAUGGCGAGACAAAAACGGUGGAUCUGUAUUUGCCGUCUGUUGGCUCGGUUGUGAAUUCUGAUUUUGUUCCUGAUAUCUAUCUGAAUGAGACAAAAGAGAUUAAGGUUGAUGAGUAUUUAAGAGUUAAAGAAACAAAAAAUGUGUGGGCGGCUGGCGAUGUAAUUGAUAUCGAACCUCCUCAAUAUGUUUAUGCCGAAAAACAAGCCGCUGCACUCUACAAGAACCUCAAUUUGGUUAUAAAUGGAAAGCAACCUAUCCCCUACCGUCCGGGUCCACCUAUUUUAGGUGUUACCCUUGGCCGCUCUAAAGCAACCGGGAGAUUGGGCCCCCUAAAGCUCCCUAGCAUAGUUUUAUGGUUUGCUAAGGGGCGUACCUUGGGCACUCAAGACUUGCAGCCGCUGGUUUCUGGCAGUAAGUUUUAG